CAGCAGUAGCCAGGAGGAGCAGGCCGGCAAACACACGUAGAGACGCUGAGAACAAUGGUGAAGGCUGGAAAACGAAGCAGCGUGGGCCCUAUUGCGGCACCUGCAGCGGUAAUCCCGAAGAAGACGGAUUACCAAUUGCAGUCAUUAAUGGACUAUGGCGACAACCUACAGGAGUUCUUGGCAAUUUGCGCUCACCUUCCGACCGAGCUGAAGGACGACCUGAAGAAAGUCGCUACGCUGAGCGAAGAGACACACCGCCUUACGGCCGAGCUCAGCAGGGACCAGGCAGAGAUCCUCGAGAGGGCCAAGGCCAAAUACCGACAGAUGACACGACCUGAACAGCUCAAGAACCUUAUAGACGAGGAUGCCCUCCAGAAGUCACGACAGAAGAGACGAAAGGUGGACGAGAGCGUUAGCGAGAAGGUAUCAAUCACCAAAAGGAUGUACGGCGCGCUGGACACCUGCAUUAAAAACAUCGACGACGAAAUCGACAAGCUGGAGAAGGACGUUAAGGAGAGCUAUGGGGCCAUGCCAGAUAUCCCAUCUCUGGCGCCGGAAAUGUUCGCGGAGCAUAAGAAGACCGCUGCGGCGGCUGCGGCGGUGCUGGCGGCGGCCGGAGGGCUCGCCGGGCCGCAGACGAGGGCAGGGGUCGCGGCGUACCCGGCCGCGGCCUUGGCGGGGGGAGUCGGAGCUGGGGCGCUGGGAGCGGCAGCUGGCGGGGCAGUGAGGAGCAACGAUCUUCUCAGCACUAACGAGCCCGUUUAUUGCGUCUGCCGCCAAGUUGGUUGGGGAGACAUGAUCGGCUGCGACAACGAGGACUGUGAACACGGGGAAUGGUUCCACUACCACUGUGUUGGCCUUGAGAUGGUGGACCAGAAAGAGAUUGGUUUCUGGCUGUGUCCCGGCUGCUCGGUGGACGCUAGAGCGAAGGAGAAGCGGGAGCAGUUGGAGAGAAGGGCUACCAGCGCGAACACCACCCCCGUCAAGCCGGCUGCUGCCGUCAAAUUACCCGAGAACGACGACGACGACGACGACAACGAGGACGAGGAAGACGAAGGAGAAUCGAAAGUAGAUGCGGCUGCCAAGAAGGGUGAAACAGAACAGCGAGAAAAGGAUAGAGACACAACCUCAAGCGGUGAAUCGGGAAAGGGGGUGCAAAAGGCGGCGCUGCUGCUGGGAGUAGUACUCAAGCUUCAAGCUCCAUCCGAUGAAUCGCUUGGGAGUGUGUAGGGCCCAAUUUGCGCGAUGCUACCGUAGUAGGACAUGUUGGUUCACUUUUAGCGAUUUGCACUGUAGCCCCCGUGCAACACGGUAUCACAG